UCUACAUGGUUCUACAUUGUUUAAACAUCUUCAACGCUUUUCAAAUAUCUCAAGUUCAUUUUGUUGAAAUACUAAAGAAUUAGGUCAAGACGUACGACUGAAGAGACCGUGAAAAUAUCAAAGCAAAGAUACAAAGUCUUGGAUAUCAAUCAUUACUUGAACUGUACGACAAUGUUAAAAAUACAUGCUUGAUGGUUGGCUACGUUUGAAAUCUUAAAGAUUGUGAUUUGAUAGCGACUAUCGCAGGAUGGUUCCCCUCAGAAGAUUACUUUUUCUUAUCACAAUUCUGUGUUUAACUAUAACACACUCGACUGCUGAAAAAAAUCGAGAGAGCAAAAAUGAUUUAGCAGCACCGUCAGAACACACCAAAAACUCUGAAGACAAGCAGUCCGAUUCUGAUGACAAGCGAACUGACUCCGGCGAUGAGAACAACGAAAUAGCCGAGGAUGAACGAAAGUCCUCCGAAGAAAAACAUUCGGAUUCCGCUCAUUCUAAAGGUGCUUCCGAAGACGCCCGAACGUCUUCGGAAAGUGAUCACAAGGACGCCGAAAACAAUCGACCACACUCCGACCAGAAAACAAAAACGAAUGAUGACGCGGAAGCUGAAUCCGAAAGCGACCAAAAAGAAUCCGACGGAGAAAAGAAUGAGAACGAAGACGACGACGACGACGACGACGAGAAAAGCGCUGAUGAAGAAUCGGAGAAUAAUCACGUCACGUCACAAAGACGGAAUGAGGGUAUCAAAGAGAAAAAGCAAAAUGGCGCUGUGCUUGAAAAUUUGAAAGAUAUAGUUAAAAUGAUGAGAAGCAAGAAGUUAAAAAGACAUAAGAAGAGAAAGCAUAGGAAAAGGAUUUAUUAUACCUAUGCUAAACAUAUGGACAACAUAAAAAAUGAAAUGAGAAAUCUGGCCAACAUCGAAAUUGCGGGGCUGAAGACUAGAAAACUACUUGAAAAAGAGAGACAAAAAAAGAUUGCCAAAUGGAAGAAAAAACUACAUGAGAUGAAAGGUCAUAAGAAAAACCUCAUUCCGUACGUGGCCGCAAUCCAGGCUAAAGAGCAAGAAGCGGCCAGGAAAGCAUCCGUUCCCGCAGUAAAACCACUCUGUGAAGACAUUUGUCAACAUCGCUGUCUCGAGUCAUGUCACAUUGCGUGCUGUAUUCCCGACCUUACUCCGACAAUGCGCGACGUUAUUGCCCGACGGAUGGAGGAGAGUGAACCAAAGAAGAAAACGAAUAUAAAGAAAUGUCCUAAACGCUGCAAAAAGUCAUGUGACCCGUCAUGUGACUUUGUUUGUUGUUUACCAGAUAAACAAAGACGCAAGUACAAAAAUUAUGUUUAAAUGAAUGCCUCAUCUGGCGGACACUACUAUAUAGGGUUAGGAGAGAAGCGCUUGAUCGUAGUUCAAAAACCAAUGACAGGUUAUCUUAUAAAGCUUUGAUGAUUUGUUAUGUGACAUUAGAAAGCUCUUUUGUCGGAGAUCACUCUCUAAUCAUUUUAACUUAAGUGCUGACAUUAUGACAUUGCUACAUGAAAAACAAAACUAGUCAGGUUAGAUAUUUGAAACAGGUUUAACACUGCGACUUAAGUAUACUAGUGAUGAUACUCUGAAAUAAACCUAACAAAAAGGAUGACAGAUUUCAAUCACUAAUCAUGCAGUCUACUUGGAUGAAGUCGCCAUGAAAGGAAAGAUCUGUAAAUCAUCAAGUUUUGUAUAUCUGUAUAGUUAUAGAUAUGAAAUAAAAGCACGCAUUUGUUCUUUGAGACAUUAGUUGCCUUUAUAGAUUAUGG